CGGGAAAUACGGUGGGCAGGACCGGGAGAGAGAGAGGGAGAGUGAGAGAGUGAGAGAGAAAGGAGGAGGGAGCUGAUCUCACCACGGUGCACCACGGGGUGCGCAUUCAAACUGACCAGCGCGUCUCCGAGCAGCGCACUCUCUCCCUCUCCUCGUCCACCAGCGAGCAGCCUCACCGACCACCGGAGCCGGUGCAGAGGAGCUGUAGAAUAGAAGAAGAAGAAGAAGAAGAAGAGGAGGGAGGUGAUGUUCUCUCCUCAGGUCACUGUGGCUUUAAGCUUAGUGAGGGUUUGAGCCUGUCAGGACGCCUCCCAGAAGACUCUCCUCAGGCCAGAACUAUCCACCCACUUUCCUAUAGCAAAAGCAACAAGCAGCUGACAACUUGCUCUCCUUCACCCACUCUGCUUCGGUCCCCAGUGCCAUGGCCUUCACCCUGUCAGAGAUCAUGGCAGCGAGGCGGCAGCAGUCGCAGGCUCAGUCUCACACCCAGCGAGGCAGCAGGACGGCGGUGGAGGUGGACGAGUACAGCACCAACCCCACUCAGGCCUUCACCUUCUACAAUAUCAACCAGGGACGCUUCCAGCCACCUCACGUCCACAUGGUGGACCCGAUGCCUCACGACACUCCCAAGCCACCAGGCUACACACGCUUUGUUUGCAUCUCGGACACUCACUCCCGCACCGAUGCCAUCCAGAUGCCGUAUGGGGACGUGUUCAUCCAUGCCGGAGACUUCACCGAGCUGGGACUGCCCUCUGAGGUCAAGAAGUUCAACGACUGGCUAGGUACCCUGCCCUACGACAUCAAGAUAGUAAUCGCCGGAAACCACGAGUUGACCUUCGACCAGGAGUUUAUGGCAGACCUGAUCAAGCAGGACUUCUAUUACUUCCCCUCAGCCUCCAAACUGAAGCCAGAGAAUUAUGAGAACGUCCAGUCGCUGCUCACCAACUGCAUCUACCUGCAGGACUCCGAGGUCACAGUGAGGGGCUUCAGAAUCUACGGCUCCCCCUGGCAGCCCUGGUACUACGGCUGGGGCUUCAACCUGCCCCGGGGUCAGGCUCUGCUGGACAAAUGGAACCAGAUCCCUGACAACACAGACAUCCUGGUCACACACUGCCCCCCACUGGGUUUUCUGGACUGGGUCCCCAAGAAGAUGCAGCGUGUCGGGUGCAUGGAGCUGCUCAACACAGUCCAGAGGAGAGUCCAGCCCAAAUUACACGUGUUUGGACACAUUCAUGAAGGUUAUGGGAUGAUGACGGACGGCACUACAACGUUCGUCAACGCAUCAGCCUGCACUGUCAACUUCUUGCCCAUGAACGCUCCCAUCGUCUUUGACCUCCCCAACCCCAGGACCACAUGACUAGAGGAGGCUCGCCCCCAGACCCCUACCACCAGCCAGGAGAAAGGAGCCAGGAGGGGUAGGUGAGGACGGCGGGCAGGACGGACCCAGUUCUGUAAAUAUUACACAGGUGUGUGUUUAUCGCCACACCUGGAGACUGUAACUGUGGAGGCGAGGGACGGCUCUGCCUCACACUUUAAAUAUUAUUUCAUGUGCCGUCGUUUAUUCAUCUCAACACUGAAAACAGAUGAGCGGUGAGACGCUUUUAUACGCGGACAGAUGGACGUUUCUGCAUGUCCUCUCUUACUGCACUGACAAUCUGAUGCGGCUCUCAGAGACACUAAAGACUCUUUUCCCUUCAUUAAAGUGAACAGUGGAACAACCUCGUCGUUGGGAGACUUUUGGUGAAGCCACGACUCCGCAGCAGCAACGGAACAUUUGCCAGGGGGAUUUCACAGAACCUUUCCCUCUUUGGACUUGUAAACAUUCAUUUCCCAACUUUUUCCUAAUUCCCCCCAACACACUACACUUUCCAUCACUCCCUUAUCUUCCUUCUCUUCCUCGCCCCUCGUCAGCCUUGGAGGAUGCUACAUUUUUUUUCUCUUUUUUUUUUUCAUUUUGCCAGCAUGUGUGUGAGAUCAAAGGGAGUGUGAGGGCAGCGAGAGGUCUCUGCCACAGGCUGUGUGAAAGUCGGGGUGUCAAACAUGUUGACACUGCUCCCCUGGGCCUCAUUACAGCCCUCAGUGAGCCUCUUAACCGGCUGAGAGGAGACUCAGAGGAGCUUCCCUCCUCCUCCCCUCUGCUCCCUUCAUGUAGCUGCCGUGUUACUCUUCCUCCGCCUUUUCUCUCCAUCCCUCAUGCUGCGAAUGACUAGCUCAGCUUUUUAGCUACAGCUGGGAGGCCUGGCUUUCUGGACUUGCAACGGACGGCAGGUGAAAUGCAACGUACAGGUGCUACGUGCUGAACAGUCACGCAGGCGAACCUCAGCAGCAGCGGUGGUUGUUUCGAGGAGACUCCCUUCUUGUGUGUUAUUGGUGGGAGAGAUGGAUCCUUUUAUCCUUUUUCAAGAGGAGCAACGCUCUAACUACAUGUACUGUAACUAGUCUAUGUAAAUGUUCUCUGUUAAAGAAAAAAAAACUUGAAGUUUUUCUUGAAGAUUUUCUUGAAGUUGUUGCUAUGCUUUUCAAAAAAAAAAAAAACUUGUUAAAUAUUUGUGUCCAGAAAUUUGUGGUUGUUACAUUUCAUUUGGUCUACUUCUUAGUACUGUAAAUGCUUAUUAUAGUAUUUUCUUCUCUGUGCAGCUGCUCGGCCCCAUUUGGUGAUUAUUAACUCUUUCAUGUCCUUAAGCAGUUUGUGUUUUUAAAGAAAGAGCUUUUCUUUUUUUUUUUCUCUUUGCUCUGUUUUCUGAAUAUGGCUGUUCCCAGUAAGAGUCUGAAUGUGCUUAGCAUAACAAGACCACGUCACACUUUGAUCUCCCUGCACUCCGACAUUAUGUAUGAACGUUCCCUGGGGCUGCAGUUUACUCCUGCUUCACUCGCACUUCUUCAGCACAUCAGCAUUCAUUGCGCCGGCUGAUGUGUUAAUGUUUCCAAAUGGGCAAAAGAGGAAAAGCAGCGGAAUUGCUCACCAAAAACCGCCUGUGUGUGGAGAAUGGUGGGAUGUGGGCGCACUUGUUAGAAAACGGAUUGAUGCCCGAGUGUGUGUAAGUGUUUGAAAGUGAGGGCAUUUUAGCUGAUGCAAGGAUGUUUAGGGUUAAAGUUAGAACGAGUAGAAAAAAACUGAUUAUACAGUUGGACACACAUGUCUAAAGCUCAGUUUGUGAAUCAGCAGGUCCUUGAACAUGUCAUGAAAAAAUUCAGGUGCUAUGCAUCAAUCGCAGUGUCUGGAGAACACUGAACAACACUGAAGAGGUUUAGCUAAUAAACUGAUCCAGGUAGCAGAAAAAGUCAGGCAGCUGCUUAACAAAUAUAAUCCCUACAAAGCCCUGCUUUGUUUCAGGAUGCUAAUUUAAUGUGGUCUAAAAAUUCUGGGUUGCAUGCAGAAGCCCACAGGUGGUGCCACAUGGACAAUGGAAUUAAUGUUUGUGAACACAGACACAAAAACCAUGAAUUGGCUUUAGUGUGGCAGCAUCAGUGAGCUGGUUAGUUAGUAACUUAAAUCUCCAUUAUGAUGAAUUAGCAGCCAGUUCCACCAGAUUAAAGUCAGUCGGGCCCAUUUAAAGAUUCCAGUUCCACCAGAGUAGUGACUAGAGCUGCUAUAAAGUCACUUUUUCAGUUGACUGCCAAAAGUAAUCAGCAUCUAUUCUUAUAAAUCCAAAAUCAGUCACUAUCAAGGAAUCCAUAGCAAGCCACAUUGUCCCACUUUCUAUCCCAGCUAGAAUGCUGUGGGAUAGAAACAGAAUCUCUUUUGGACUGCUGGUUGGGCAACACAUUUGAAUCUGGAAUAUAGAACAUUUUAAACGGAUUUGUCUUUUGCUAUUCCGCUACCAGUUUAUUAAUCAAGUUUAAUAAAUUAUUAUUAAUAAUAAUUAAUAAGAUUAACAGGUGGAUUAGGAAAAUAAUUAUUUGUCGCAGCCCUGGUCGUGACCUUUGAAUGAGCCACAGAACAACUUACAACUAAUACCACAACUAACCUGUUGGAUUUACAUUGCUGAUGGAAGUGUUAGAGAGGAGAAAGCUGCUACAUGACGAGGACGUCCAUAAGGCAGAAAAAUGACCCUUGUCCUCAAUAAGUUUAACCAAUCAGUGUUGAGAGAUGCACAGUGAUGUUACAAAGGAGUAGGUACUUUUUUCUAUCCUUAAAGAGCUUCUACAGGGGCAGUUCUUGCUGUCAGAACACGUGCAAUUACAAGCCACCAGUUAAACGGCCUGCAUAUUCCUAAUGUGGAAAAUAGCCUGUUGUAUGAAGUUACAGACAACUGUGCACACUCACCUAUGGGCAGUUUAAGAAUCACCAGUUAACCUCAGCAUGUCUUUGCACUGUGGGAGGAAGCUAGAGCACCUGGUGAAAACUCACACAGGGAGAACAUGCGAAUUCCACACAGAAAAAUCUGCUAACCACUGCAACACUGUGCCUAAUAUAAUUAAAAGAAGAAAAGCACUCAGAGAGCGCAGUACUCCACCAAGGCUGCUCAGUCGUAUCAUUUCCGACAGAUGAAAUGUUUAAAAUUUGCGGUGGAUUUGUCGUAGGAGGCAGCUGAUGUAGUGUUCACUUGUUAUCAUAGUUACAGUGAUGUCGUGCUGCUUUCUCACAAUGAUACAGAAAUUACCUCCCCUGUAAUUUUCAUCCAAAUCCGUUGGUCCGUUUUUGAACAGUGUUGCUACCAGAGAGACAAACUAACGCUGAUCGUCACAAAACUCCGCUGCAUUCCUUGGUGGAGUAAUAAAUAGAGUCAUUACUGCAGUCCAGUAUCACUCUUACUUACAUAAAGUCAAAGUAUAAAUAGUAGUCACAUGUGGACAGCAUAAGCAAAUGAAGGCUGUUUGCUAGGAAAGGCAGAUAACCACUUUACACACUUGUCUUUUAAACUGAAGACCUGUUGUCAGUCGUUUUUUUUUUUUAAUCUGCAAAUAAAUGAGACUCGACUUUUGGUGCAGAUGCGUCGCAUUGGAAAGGUUCUAGAACAGGAAGAGGUUGUACCUUCAGAGCAGUUUAUAUAGGGUAUAUUUAAGUUUGGUCUUGCUUUCUCCGCAGUGAAUCCCCUUCAUAAAUUGGUUGUGGAGGAUCAGAGGAACAAGUGAUGGCUGUUUGUCAAACACCUACACAAUAUACCAUUAGAUUUAAAGAACGUGGAAGGCUUCAGUGGGACACUGUAGAUCAGGGUUAGUAGUUAGUAGUAGGUUUGAAUGUAGCCAGUGGCAGGUCCAUACAAGCGCUGUGCAGGGCGCCUGUGUCUAUGUGAGUGUAGUGAAGACAGUAAGAAGGAGUUCUCAGCCUCAUCAUUUAAAACACAAACCUAAUUAGCAUCAAGAAGAAAAUGUUCCAACAAAGGAAUAAAGGGAACUAUUAAAAACCAAAAGAUGGGAGGAACUUUCAUCUCUAAGUUUCAUGAAAAGCUGUCUGUUUGGUCCGAUUUUCCAGUUCCACUCCUCAUUUAGAUGCCUCUCCCUUUGAUGCUCUUCUGCUUCAAUAGCUGUGUUGUGUUUCCUGUUUUAUCCAAGAAGAAUAAAAGUGCUGUACUAUUUCUUGAAUCAUUUCUUGAGGCAUGCUUAAAGGAGUUAAUGACUUCUGCUACUCAGACAAUCUGCAUAUGAAGAGUUUUGUUCCAAAAUGAGAUAUUUACUGUUUGAAAAAAGAAAGCCUUCACAGGCAGAAUGACUGACAGCUAAGACUUGAAAGUAGACUGCAGCGCUACUUUUUAAAGAAGGGAACUUGUGUCCUUGGUGACAUUUUUACUUGCUGGAUUUCUAUAUUUCAACAAUAUUAGAUGCUUAUAAACUUUUUUUUGUUUUUUGUUUUUUUUUUUAAAUAGAUGUAUAGCAUUUUGGAAUAAAAGUGUUCAUAUGGUGUUGUAUUUUUGCCAUUGUUGUUGGGGACUUUUCCAUUUUUUUAACUGUACAGUAAGAAAAUGAAGACCCAACAUCUCCUGGAGACAAAUAUGUAAAAUACCUUUCUUUCUUAAAAACCAUAAAGGUUCUGCUGGUUCUGAGAUUCUUCACCAAUUGAAUAAAACCUUAUCUGUGACCA